AUGACGGUAAAUAGUACUAGUCAUAAUUAUCAACAUACAAAAGCAAGUUAUCAAUUUAUACAUAAUAUACAUAAUAAUUAUCUUAAAGAAAUGAAUGAAACGCAAGAAACAUUAAAAUUUAAAAUUAAAGAGCAGGGUGAAAAAAUCCGAUUAUUAAAAACUCAAGAUGUUGAUAAAACUUUAAUAGAUACAGAAUUGGAAGUUUUGUCUGAUUUAAAAAAUCAAUUAUCUUCUUUAGCUGGAGAGACUUCUAAAAAUAAAAAUAAACAUGCUUUUACACUUAAAACACCAAAGGGUACAAGAGAUUAUAAUGAAAAAGAAAUGUCAAUUAGAGAUAAAAUCUUUUCAACUAUUAUUUCAACUUUUAAAAAACAUGGUGCGGUUACAAUUGAUACUCCAGUUUUUGAGUUAAAAGAAAUUUUAUCUGGUAAAUAUGGUGAAGAUAGUAAAUUGAUAUUUGACUUAGAAGAUCAAGGUGGAGAACUUUGUUCAUUACGUUAUGAUCUAACUGUGCCCUUUGCUCGUUUUUUGGCAAUUAAUGGGUCACAAUAUCAAAAUUUUAAAAGAUAUCAAAUUGCUAAAGUUUAUCGUAGAGACCAGCCUGCUAUGACCAAAGGUCGUAUGCGUGAAUUUUAUCAAUGUGAUUUUGAUGUGGCAGGAAGUUUUGACCCAAUGAUAGCUGAUUCAGAAGUUAUAAAAAUUAUGUGUGAAUGUUUAACAGCUUUGGAAAUUGGUGAAUAUAAAGUCAAGAUUAAUCACCGUAAGAUUUUGGAUGGAAUAUUUCAAAUCUGUGGUGUAGAAGAAUCAAAAAUCAGACCUAUUUCAUCUGCAGUUGAUAAGUUAGACAAGAAAGCCUUAGAUCCAAUUGUUGCUGAUAAAAUAGGAGAAUAUGUUAGACUUAAAGGUGGUAGGGAAUUACUGGAUAGUUUAUUAAAGGAUGAAGUAUUGAUUUCAAAUAAAAAUACAAAAUCUGGGUUAGAUGAUAUGAUUUUACUUUUUAAAUAUUUAGAAAUAUUUAAUGUUUUAGACAGGGUUUCAUUUGAUCUUAGUCUUGCUAGAGGUUUGGAUUAUUAUACUGGCAUUAUUUAUGAAGCUAUUACAGAACAAUCAGGACCUCCUCGAUUGAAGGAUGAUACAAUAGUUGCAUGUAAAACUAAAAAAGGUUCUGAAGAACUUGAUGAAUCAACUAUUGGAGUUGGAUCAAUUGCAGCAGGUGGUAGGUAUGACAACCUUGUUGGUAUGUUUUCCAGCAAUAAAAAAGGAAAUAUUCCAUGUGUAGGCAUGUCUCUUGGAGUAGAAAGAAUUUUUUCAAUACUAUUACAAAAAAUUCAACUUGAUCAAGUUAAAGCAAAUGAAGUUGAGGUGUAUGUGAUUGCAGCAACUGGUGGAUUAUUGGAGGAAAGGAUGAAAAUAUGCAUAGAGUUAUGGGAUGCUGAAUAUAUGUAUAAGAAUAAGCCAAAAUUACAGUCUCAAUUUACAAUAUGUGAUCGUGAUCAAAUUCCAUUUGCAGUGAUUAUUGGACCUGAUGAAAUAAAUAAUGGUGAAGUUAAGAUUAAAGAUAUGAGAUCAAAAGAACAAGGUGUUGGAGGUGGUGUUCCAAUUAGACGCAGUGAAAUGAUUAAAGAAUUAAAACAACGUCUAGAAAAGAAAA